AUGGUUGACGUUGGUCUGCUGGUUCUCUCGGCCAGGAAUAUUUCACGGCUUUCCUCUCUGCUUUCAACUGCGAGGAAUUCUGUGAAAACCAAGUUAUAUGUAAGAGUACAAGGACCUUGUCUACACACCGUGUUACCUUCAAUAUAUUUACAAUCUUCGCAUGUAUGUCCAGAGCUUGAUGUACGAGUACUGUUGGGAAAAAAAUUGCCAGCGAAUGCCUUACUCAUAGGAGAAGAAGAACCGUCUGAUUAUGAUGUACCCAAGCCGUUAUAUAAGAAGGUUGUCAUUGGAGGUACCUUUGAUCGGUUACACAAUGGACAUAAAGUGCUUCUCUCUAAAGCCGCCCUCUUAGCUAGUGAGAGCAUCACUUGUGGGGUGACAUACAAGUCCAUGAUCAUAAAGAAACAGUUAUUUGAGCUGAUCGAACCUGUUGAAACUAGAAUGAUGGCAGUUAGAGACUUCGUAUCUGAUGUUUCCGAUGAUGUCGUCUGUCUUCCUGAACCUAUAGUGGACCCAUUCGGUCCAUCAAUUGUAGUUCCUGACUUGGAAGCUAUUAUAGUCAGCAAAGAAACCAUAAAAGGGGGAGAAGCAGUCAAUAAAAAACGACAGGAAAAAGGAAUGAGUUUUCUAGAAACAGUAGUGAUUGAUCUUCUUGAAGCUAAUGAUGAAGUUCUCAAUGAAACCAAAAUUAGCUCGUCUAGUAGAAGGAGAGAAGCUCUCGGAACUUUGCUCAAAAAACCAAACGUUCUUCCCAAGCAGAACAAGAAGCCAUACAUAGUGGGACUCACGGGGGGAAUCGCUUCAGGAAAAACUAAUAUAGCGAAAUAUCUCAAAAAAGAUGGAAUUGAGCUGAUAGAUUGCGAUAAGCUAGCACAUACAUGUUAUACCAGAAACAGCGAUCUUGUUUUCGAAAUUGAAAAAAAGUUCCCCGAUGUUGUGAAAGAUGGGGAGGUCGAUCGUAGGGCUUUAGGAAGAAUUGUUUUCGCUGAUAAAGAAAAGCUGCACUGCCUGAGUAGCCUCAUUUGGCCAAUAUUGAAAAAGAAAGUAGACGAAAUUGUGGCUAACUCUACUAGCGACAUAAUAGUGAUAGAAGCAGCAGCUAUCGUUGAAGCUGGUUGGGAUGAACAUAUGAAUGAGCUUUGGACCGUUUUUGUUUCUCCUGAUGAAGAAGUUGAACGAGUCAUCAGACGGGAUUCCUUAAGUAAAGAAGAGGCUGAAAACAGGGUCAACAGCCAAAUAUCAAACAUAGAACGUCUGUCUAAAAGUCAUGUAGCUUUUUGUUCUCUGUGGGCUUAUGAAGAAACGGAAAAGCAAGUGCAAAAAGCUAUACUGAGUUUGAAGACGAGAAUCGGUGUCUGA